UUAAAGUUAAUUUAGGGAUGGUAGAACGAAAAAUGGUGGGUCCUGUAUACGUGUUCUGUCCAGUGAGAAGACAGUAUAGAUCCAUGUUUCAACAAUUUAACUUACGAAAUAAAUAAAUAAAACGAAAAGGGAAAAACAUUUUCACCUCUCUCUCUCUCUCUCUCUCUCUCUCUCUCUCUCAUGUCAGUGAAGAGCAAAACCUGCGAAGAAUAACGAGAAAGAUCGAAACCCAGACGAGACGGAAGAAAAAAAUGCAUUCGUUUGGGUACAGAGCCAAUGCUUUGCUCACCUUCGCUCUUACCAUUCUUGCGCUAAUGUGCGUUAUAGCAUCCUUCUCCGACAAUCUCAACCACCCUACGCCCACUGCCCAAGUCCAGGUUUUGAAUAUUAAUUGGUUUCAGAAGCAAUCCAGUGGGAACGACGAGGUUAGCAUGACUUUGAAUAUAUCUGCUGACUUACAGUCAUUGUUUACAUGGAACACAAAGCAGGUUUUCGUCUUCUUAGCUGCUGAGUAUGAAACCCCAAAGAACUCUUUGAAUCAGAUCUCUCUUUGGGAUGGUAUCAUACCUGCAAAGGAUAACGCAAGAUUUUGGAUUCACACAUCAAACAAGUACCGUUUCGUCGAUCAGGGAAGCAACCUCCGGGGUAGAGAUUUCAACUUAACAUUGCACUGGCAUGUUAUGCCCAAGACCGGGAAGAUGUUCGCGGACAAGAUAGUUAUGUCCGGAUAUCGCUUGCCGGCGGAAUUUAGAUGAAAUUGACUUUGUGUAUCUUGUUCCUGUAACUCUUAGUGUUUUUUUUUCAGAAGACGAGGAUAUAGAUGAUCAUUUUUAAACUAGAGAAGAGAACUAGAAGCAAGAAAGGAUUCAUCUUUGAUAAAGGAAAUUAAAGUCUCUGGAUUUUUUUUUUUAA